UUAUAGAGCUAGUAUCAUUGUAGGACUUGAGCCGUUUAGUAAAAUCUUUCGAUUAGUCACCAAAACGUUACUGAAAAUGAAAUUUAUUCUCAAAGCUGUAUUGCUGUUGGUUUUUCCUAAUUGUUUCACUUAUUGUACAUCGCCUCAACCCAAAUAUCACAUAGCAACUUAUACGAGCAACUGGUUCGAGGCGGCGGAGUACUGCCACCGAAUGAACAAGCAACUGGCCAUACUGGACUCGGAGGAAAAGCAAAACGCCGCUGUGGAAGCCGCCCAAGCCGAGGAACUGCACCUGUCCGGAUUCUUCGGAGUUUGGCUGGGUGCCACGGAUUUGGCUCGGACGGGUAACUUCGUGUGGCACAACACCGGAGCGCGGAUGCGUUUCUCCCGCUGGAAACCCGGCGAGCCCAGCGGUCGCGGUGAACAUUGUGUGGUGCUGUACUACUGGCCCAAGCAGGGAUUCAGCUGGACCUGGAAUGACGCUCCGUGCAGCACGGAGCUGUAUGCCAUCUGUGAGAGUGCGGGACAAAGCACGUGCAUUCAAGAGUUUUAGCAUUUGAUUGUAGUGCGCACGGUUUUAAUAAAUCAGGGGAAGAAGAAGUUACAAUACAAUUUUUGGUGCAUCGGACGCAAAGCGUUCACCUUGCGUGUAAUCAAUAUUUAAGUUUUAUAGGACUUGUAAUUACAGCUACAUUCUCAUAGUCAUUGAAUAUGCUUCAUUGAAAGGAACCAUCGUAAAUAAUAUCUUAUUCCAUUUCAUUUAUUUAGUUCAACAUCAAAUUCAUAAUAACACUGAAUCAAGAAUCAACAGUUUGC